AUGCUGUCUACUUGGAGAAUCGCCAGCCGAAAGGCUGCUUCCCGUGGCGCUAGCAUGCGCACCGUGAUCGCUGGUGCCAGAUAUGCUUCGACCUGGUCCAACGUGCCUCAAGGCCCCCCCGAUGCUAUUCUGGGUAUUACCGAGGCCUACAAGGCCGAUUCCUUCAACGAGAAGAUUAACCUUGGUGUUGGUGCUUAUCGUGACGACAAGGGCAAGCCCUAUGUCCUGCCCUCCGUCCGUGCCGCCGAGGACAAGGUUGUCGCGACGCGCCUGGAUAAGGAGUAUGCUGGAAUCACCGGUAUUCCUUCCUUCACCAAGGCUGCUGCCCAGCUGGCCUAUGGUGCCGACUCUGCCGUUCUCAAGGACGACCGCCUCGUCAUCACCCAGUCUAUCUCCGGUACCGGUGCUCUGCGAAUUGGCGGUGCUUUCCUCCAGCGCUUCUACCCCCACGCAAAGAAGAUCUAUCUGCCCAACCCCAGCUGGGCUAACCACGGCGCCGUUUUCAAGGAUGCCGGUCUGGAGGUCGAGAAGUACCGCUACUACAACAAGGAUACCAUUGGUCUCGACUUUGAGGGUCUGAUUGCCGACCUGAAGGCUGCCCCCAGCAACAGCAUCAUCCUGCUCCAUGCUUGCGCUCACAACCCUACCGGGGUCGACCCUACCCAGGACCAAUGGCGCCAGAUUAGCGACGUGAUGAAGGAGAAGGGCCACUUUGCUUUCUUCGAUAUGGCUUACCAGGGCUUCGCUAGCGGAAACGCUGAUACCGAUGCCUUUGCCCCCAGACACUUCGUGAAGGAGGGCCACAACAUCGCUUUGUGCCAGAGUUUCGCCAAGAAUAUGGGUCUCUACGGUGAACGUGUCGGUGCCUUCUCCAUUGUCUGCGAAUCGGCCGAGGAGAAGAAGCGCGUCGACUCCCAGAUCAAGAUCCUCAUCCGCCCUCUCUACUCCAACCCUCCUGUGCACGGAGCUCGUGUGGCGUCUGCCAUCAUGAACGACGCCGCUCUCAACGAGCAGUGGCUGGGUGAGGUUAAGGGCAUGGCUGACCGUAUCAUCGAGAUGCGUGCUCUCCUCAAGAAGAACCUGGAGGACCUUGGCAGCAAGCACGACUGGUCCCACAUCACUAGCCAGAUUGGCAUGUUCGCCUACACCGGUCUUAAGCCUGAGCAGAUGGAUGUUCUUGCCAAGGAGCACUCCGUCUACGCCACCAAGGACGGACGUAUCUCUGUGGCUGGUAUUACCUCGUCCAACGUGAAGAGACUGGCUGAGUCUAUCUUCAAGGUGACCGGUUAA